ACUUAUAAACACUUUUUUUAGACAAAGUGGACUCACCCUUCCUAAUGCAAGCAUAUAACAAAAAAAAAAUAUCGUACACAGCCCGCGAAAAAUCAAAAUUCACCUUUUUUCUUUACACACAAUUGUAUUUACUUACUUAUAAUCUAAAAGCACAUCAGAAAUUGACAUAGCCACAUUCAUUCACAUCGAUUUUUAAUUUUUGUAAAAAUUUUAUAAAAAACAAGAUAAGCGUUAACUUCGGUUAAACCGCAGCUAUAAAAUCCUUUAAAUAUAAAAAAGUUGUCCAUACAAGCAUUGGAUACCGAUCGUUGUGUGGCAGCUAUAUGCUAAAUUUGUCCGACAUUAGUGGUUCCAGCAAAUGAGCAGCUUCUUGGGCCAAAGGGAUGGGCAAAAUUUCAGGUCAUGCAAAUCAUAUACAUAUAUAUUUUAUAGGAUUAACAUCGGAGAUCUGUGUGUUACAAACUUCGUGACAAACUUAAUACACCCUGUUCAGGGUAUAAUUAAAAAAAAAACUCGACAAGGAGCUUAGCUGAAAAAUACUACCGUAAUAUGAGAAGACUCUCCGCCUUUUCGAACUUACGAAAUUAAUAACACUGUGUCAUUUCAUUCGAAAUGCAACACUGGUACUUCGAACUUUUUUCUAUUCAAAGUGCAAGAGGGGAAAUUGUUAUUCGUAUAUUUAGUUUUAGUUCAGACGCGAAAUAAAUUCACUGCUAAUAAAAAUUAAUUGAAAUAUUAUCGUUAUAAAAUCAGUUGAAGAAUGUUUUCUUUUUAGUUUUAAAAAGUUUUAUAUUUGAUUGCAUUUUUCGAAAGCACAAAGUGAAAUCAUCGACAAAGUUCAGCGCGAAUUAUGUGUAAAUUUACCCAAAUCGAUUUUCCACGUCUGUAAUAAAAUUUCUCUGCGUUUAAAAAGAAUAUCAACAAUAAAGACCCAAAUUAAGAACGCAAUUCAAUUACCCUAAACACAAAUAAUAUAAAAAGGAUAAAAGCGUUUAUUUACAUCUACCGAAGGUCAUUUUAAUUUAAACGCGCAAAUAAAAAAUAAUAUUGCGACAUAAGCACAACUACUGUUUAAUUAUCGCAUGAGCAUUGAGAAAUUACAGGGGCCACAAUAGUUUGUUUUUAUGAUUGAAUCUGUACAGUCGAAACUGAAUAAAGACAACAAUUGUCGCUUUAAUAUAUAACCAAUUGCUUGGCGCACAUGCUGUUCAAUUAGUUGCCUCACCACUACCACAGCAACUACAUACAUACAUGUGAGAGGAGAGAGAGUGCUGCACAAAAUUCAAAACUGAAGACGCCAGUCGGUUCGCCAAUUUCGUACGUCGUAUCAUUAUCAUCCUUUCUAUCUUCACACGUACUAUUCAUCAUAGCUGCUAUAUUGUUGUUGUUCCUUUAAACAAUUUUAUUUUGAACGUUUUGCUGCUAUGGCCACUACAUCAGUGCUCGCUAACAAUCCAAUUUCGACACUAGCAUCAGCGGUCGCUGUGAAUUCCUCAUCAUCGUCUACGACUACUACCUCACCUACUUUAAUUUCAACACGUAAACGCACCUACGAGACUGCUAUCUCAAUGCCCGCUGUCGCAACAAAAUCUCGAGGAGCAACUGCUGCUGUAGCUAAAGCAUCACUUGCCAACAAAAUGAAUGCGAAUGGUAAUGAUGUUGCACUCAAUGAUAUACAUGUGGAUGGUGUCAGUACAGCAACUGCUGCAACAGCAAACAAAGAUUAUACACGCACAGUUUCACAAUGUGAACCGGAUGAGGAAGCGUCCGGCUCAUCCUCUGCAUACUAUGAUAGUCCUGUUAAGAAGGAGUACGUACCGGUGCCACAGCCGUUGCUUACGAUCAGUAGUGGCUCAUCAGAUUUUGCGACAAUUUGUAAACCAGCACCAUUGUCCACCGACGAAGAGGCUGUUGUGGAGCGUGAGAAAUGUGACUACAAUUAUAAAAUCACCUAUCAAAUGGCGCGGUCUGGUCAAACGAAACGACGCGUACGUGUCUACGCCGAUGGCAUUUAUGACCUUUUCCAUCAAGGUCAUGCCAGACAGCUAAUGCAGGCGAAAAACAUUUUCCCAAAUGUUUACUUAAUUGUGGGUGUGUGCAAUGAUGAGCUUACACACCGCAUGAAGGGGCGUACUGUUAUGAAUGAUCAAGAGCGUUACGAAGCGUUACGUCACUGCCGCUAUGUCGAUGAGAUUGUUCCGGAUGCCCCUUGGACUCUAUGUGAAGAAUUUAUUGCGUCAAACAAAAUUGAUUUUGUUGCACACGAUGACAUUCCAUACACUGGCGCAGGCGUGGAAGAUAUAUAUGCGCCAUUAAAGGCCAAAGGCAUGUUUGUUGCCACAGAACGCACAGAAGGCGUAUCUACUUCAGAUAUUGUCGCACGUAUUGUCAAGGACUAUGACUUAUAUGUACGCCGAAAUUUGGCGCGUGGUUACUCGGCUAAAGAUUUAAAUGUCUCAUUCCUUUCGGAGAAGAAGUUUCGAUUCCAAAAUAAAAUGGAUGAGUUAAAGAAUCGCGGACGACGCGAACUGAACAAAGUGAAGGAUGAUAUCAUCACUAAAUGGGAGGAGGCAUCUCGUGACUUUAUCGAUGCAUUCCUUUUACUUUUCGGACGCGAACGUCUUAAUCAUUUGUGGAAUGAAUCUAAGGGCAAAUUAAUUCAAGCGCUCAGUCCACCCGGCAGUCCAAGUGGUUCUAUAAAUGGUGAUGAUGAUGAAGACGAUUUUGAUUAUGAUGAUGAUGAUACCGACUUCGCAACUGUACGCAUGCCGGCCACUGCUGCGCGGAGUCGAGUCACAGAUAGUCCUACAUUACGUGGUAAAACCGAUCGUGUAGCCGAUUCUGCCAAGGCCACCAAAAUGACAACACAAGUGAACGACGACGACGACGAUGAUGAUGAUGGCGAAUAUGAGCAUAGAAGUAAUUAGAGUAAUACGAUAUCCAAAUAUUUCGUAGGUAAUAUUAUUAUUGUAAUGCAAAAAAUGCGAAAUGAAAAGCAAAAAAGAAUUACAUUAAAGAAUAACAAAUACAAUUAUUUGCAUACAUGCAAAUGUCUUUGGAAACAAUGAAAUAUUUCGUCAAGGAAUAAAAAAAUAAAAUAAGUCAUAGGUGGAAAAAUGAAAUUGGAACCCAAAUAUAGCCUAUUAUGUGCAAACGAAGUUACUAAAGAAUCUACAUAAGUUUAAUAAAUAAAAAGGAUCACAGACAGCUUUUACGAUGCAACUGCAGUAGUUAGUUAGAGUGAGAGAGCAACAGAGUUUGAGCGCGAGUAGUAAAUGUACUUUAGAGUUUUCGAGCCGAAGAGCAGCAAUGUAUUUACAGUUAUUUGAAUUUACACUUUAUGAAUAUAUCCUCCGAAAUAUCUUCAAUAGAAAAAAACUAAAAAAUUUAUUUCAAAUAGUAAUUUAAUUGCUACACUCUUACUGCACUGCACAACUGUUUGACGAUAUGAAUUGCAAAAGCAUGUCAUUAAGAGUAACAGUAUCAACAGGACAUGCCACAAAAUACGAUGCUAUUUAUUCUACAGUUGUAUAUACGUAGCUUAGUCAAUUGGCUACCCAUUAGGUUAAUCUCGAUCUUGAUGAAUUAAAUUCUUUAAUAAUAAUCUAAGUGCUUAUUUAUGACUGUAUGUUAAGUAGUAUAUACAUAUAUGCGCUGGCGGUUCUGGAUACCGGCCCCCACUACUAAAGGCAAAACAUUGUUUAAAGAAUAUUUAAAGCUGAAAAAUUUAAGUGAUAAUCGAAUAGUUUCGAAUGAAUAAAUGAAAAGGCGAUUAGUAAGACUUAUGCCAAAACCCACUGAAAUAAAAUAAAAACAAAAGAUUUUUACUUUUUUAUAACAACCUUAUUUUAUAACCUGCUUUAAAUCGGUUAAUAAACCGUCAACAAUGGCCCAUUUUUAUAA